AUGUUCUUUCUCUGUCUCUCUCUGUAUCUAUCUAUCUAUCCAUCCAUCUAUAUCUCCCGUUCUCCUCGCCAUUGCCUAAACCAAACAAGUCAUUCUCUCUCUCUCUCUCAUCAUUCUACCCCUAACCUUCCCCAUCAUUCCCUGACACAUCCAACUUUUCUAUCCACCCUGACUCACACACAUUCCCUCUUUCUCCUUCCCUCCCUCUUUCUCACAUUGUCCCUCUCUAUAUAUACUCCGUCUCUCACUCACUCGUCUCUCUCCUUCCUUUUCUCUCCAUAUUUAUCUCUUUGUAUCUCGUCCUUAUUCUGUCACCCUGUUCUCUCUCUUCCCAUUCAUUAUCUCCAUCCUGUCUUCCUUUUCUCCCCCCCUUUUUCCUUCCCUUUCACCCUCCCUCCUCCUGCCCUUUCUCCCCUUCUCUCUCCCUCCCUCUCUCUCCUCCUGCCCUUUCUGUCCUUCUCUCUUUCCCUACUUUUUAUUUGCGUUUCGUUCCUUUUCCUGAAUAGAUUUAGUUUCUUCUUCUUUACCCAUUUGUGCAACGUCUUUUUCUUUUUUCCUUUCCGACUCUUUUUCCUUCUCUAUUUUCAUUCCUACUUCAGGGCUUCCUCGUUUUCUUUUUUUUUCUCCCUCCAUUUUCUACCCACAACCCCACCCAUUAUCACUUCUUUGUUUCCUUCCUUUCUUUUCUCCAAGCCGUCGCCGCCUCCGACUUCUUUCCAGAAUUUUGUUUCUGCCAAUAUUUUCUGUUUUUAA